AUGACAAAGAGAGACUUUAGAGUUAGAUUACUAAGGAAAAAGAGCGUAACAAUCACCUUGGCUUUGGAAGCGAGAGCUAGCCAGGAGUUAAACCUUAAAGAAACGCAAAAGGCCAUGGCAAUGGAAAGCCAACGGCUUUAUAGGCAGGUGGCAUGGCAGCUAGGCAGAAAGAAGAAAUAUGGUUCCAAAGCUGCAAAAGCAAGUGUGAGGAGAGAUUUAGAUGAUCCAGAUGUUGGCCACUACUGCCCCGCUUGGUCCUCCUUCUCCCCAUCUAGCGUGGUUACUAUUCCUAGAUCCGGAUCCGCCAAAAAUGUGGUCGACGGGUCCAAAUACCUUGCUCAACAUGUUCCAUUUGACAUAUGGAGGUUGAAGAUUGCUCGAGUGACGAAGAUUCGGCCUUUAAAGAUGAUAGCUUGGAAGCUCGUUCUCCCGCCCCUAGAGGUCGUUGAGGCAAGGAAUCGGCCAAGUGUUGACAAACAAGUUAGUGGGAAGAUGAUUUCAAGAAUAAGCAAGCUCGAGCUUAGCGGGAAAGUCAACCAAUUCUUGGCCUCGAAUCCGAUGCUCGGACAAGGAAAGGUAAAGGCUGUUGAAGAUGGUAAAGAUAAUAUGGGGGUUGGCCUAAGCCAAGGUGCUACUGAUGAGGGCGGUUAG